GCACUGGAUUGGAAGGACAAAGCUGAGCGAAAUAUUAGGAAACCAGGUUGGGCAGCCCGGUGGCCCAGGGCGUGACCCCGGGGCGUCGGGAACGAGCCCCGCGACGGGCUCCCGACGUGGAGCCUGCUCCUCCGCCUGGGCAUCAUGGAUCAGGUAAUGCAGUUCGUUGAGCCAAGCCGGCAGUUUGUGAAGGACUCCAUUCGGCUGGUUAAAAGAUGCACUAAACCUGAUCGAAAAGAAUUCCAGAAGAUUGCCAUGGCAACAGCAAUAGGAUUUGCUAUAAUGGGAUUCAUUGGCUUUUUUGUGAAAUUGAUCCAUAUCCCUAUUAAUAACAUCAUUGUUGGAGGCUGAAUACCUUUUUAAAAGAGUCUUUCAUCUUGGGGAUUGGUGAAUAAUUGAUACGAGAAGCUCAUGAAGUAAAAAUGUGCCUAACAUGUUUUGUGUUUUUCUUUGAUGUUUUUUUUUGUCUUCCAAGAUGUUUUGUAUUUGUAAAUUAAAAUAAUUUCAAAAUAAACUUACUUUUUUCCAUCAUA